AUGAAGUUCAAGCUGCCAAACCCAGGCUUGGAGGACAGGAUACCUUCCCAUGAGGGACUGGAAAUUCUAGAGAAGGAAGAAGCGGAUGACAGACCUAAAUGGGACAACAAGACUCAAUAUAUGUUAACUUGUGUCGGCUUCUGUGUGGGAUUGGGAAACGUAUGGCGCUUCCCUUACCUUUGUCAAAAAUAUGGAGGAGGAGCCUUUAUGAUUCCUUUUCUCAUUUUGCUUGUCGUGCAAGGCAUCCCAUUGCUGCAUAUGGAGUUUGCAAUUGGCCAACGUCUGAGGAAAGGCAGUGUGGGGGUCUGGACUGCAAUUCACCCUUACCUGGGGGGAGUAGGUAUAGCAUCAAUGUGUGUCUCCUUCCUGGUGGGUUUGUACUACAAUACCAUCAUUGCAUGGGUGAUGUGGUAUUUCUUCAAUUCCUUCCAAGACCCUCUUCCUUGGAGCCAGUGUCCAAUCAAUGGCAACAGAACAGGUUAUGUUGAAGAGUGUGCCAAGAGCUCUCCUGUUGACUAUUUCUGGUACAGAAGUACAUUGAACUCCUCCACAAACAUUGAUGAUUCUGGCAGUAUUCAGUGGUGGCUGCUGCUCUGCCUUGUGUGCGCCUGGGCUGUCUUGUAUGUGUGUUGUAUUAGAGGCAUUGAAACUACUGGAAAGGCUGUGUAUGUAACGUCUACCCUUCCUUACGUUGUGCUCACAAUAUUUUUGAUACGAGGUUUAACCCUAAAAGGGUCUGUUAAUGGAAUUGUUUUUCUGUUCACACCAAAUAUUGCAGAACUGGCAAACCCAGACACGUGGUUAAAUGCAGGUGCUCAGGUGUUCUAUUCUUUCUCCCUGGCGUUUGGGGGCCUCAUAUCCUUCUCCAGCUACAACUCGGUCCACAACCACUGCGAGCAGGAUGCUGUGACAAUUUCUGUCAUUAAUGGUAUUACCUCUGUUUAUGCUGCCACAGUAAUCUACUCCAUCAUCGGUUUCCGCGCAACGGAGAGAUAUGACGAUUGCACGGAUAGAAAUAUCCUGUCUCUUAUGAAUACUUUUGAACUAUCUGAAAGAAAUAUCACUGGAGAUAAUUAUGAUGAGGUUCUUCAGAACCUGAACCUCACAUACCCUGAGAUCAUUAAAAACCUUAAUCUGGAAACCUGCAACCUGGAUGCGUUCCUUAGUGAGGGUGUUGAAGGGACUGGAUUGGCGUUCAUUGUGUUCACAGAAGCUAUUACCAAGAUGCCAGUAUCCCCCUUGUGGUCCAUCCUGUUCUUCAUCAUGUUGUUCUGUCUGGGUUUGUCCUCCAUGUUUGGUAAUAUAGAAGGGGUCUUGGUGCCUUUGCAAGAUCUGAAGGUUUUCCCCAAAUCAUGGCCCAAGGAAGUCCUCACUGGUAUAAUAUGUUUGGUGUCAUUUCUGAUUGCCUUGAUCUUUGUACAAGAAUCUGGGAACUACUGGUUGGCACUGUUUGAUGAAUUUGCUGGUUCCAUCCCGCUGUUGAUUAUUGGUUUUUGUGAAAUGGUGGGUGUUGUCUACAUUUAUGGAAUUGACAGGUUUAAUGACGACAUUGAAUUUAUGAUCGGACAUAAACCCAACAUCUUCUGGCAAGCCACGUGGAGAGUGAUCAGCCCUCUUGUCAUGCUCGUUAUCUUACUGUUUUACUUUGUCACGAAAGUCAAUAAAGAGCUCUACUACAUUGCCUGGAACCCAGAUUAUGCUAAUUUCCCCAUCCUUGAAAGACUACCCUUCGCCAACUGGAUCUAUGCUAUAAUUUUUAUCCUGGCUGGAGUGCCAAGUUUAGUCAUUCCUGCCACCUUUCUCUUCAAAUUCAUCCGGAACCGAUGUAAAAAGCCCACUUCCAAACAUGACCCCUCCCCUCGGUGCAGUCCAGACAUCGAUGCUCACCUAUCCCCGUCCCCCCAGUCUCAGAACUCUGUGAUCCUGUCCCUAACCCCUCACACUCUCUACUUCCGAGGCUACAAACACAGCUACUCCCGUGCCUCACCCUACACUCGUUUCCAGCAAACUCUGGGGCCAGAUUCAGGAAGAUGUUUAUGA